AUGCGGAUGACCCACUGGAACGCAAAAUUCCCGGAAUCGCAACAACUGGCUUCGUGUAAACACGCCCUGGAGCACUGCCCAGUGUACUGUCAAGCUAGUAAAAUGGCAAAGUGGAGCGGUAAAGAUAUUAUUACAUUGUUAGAAUUGUAUGAAUCGCAGGAAUGUUUGUGGAAUACGCAAAGUGAAAGCUACAAAAAUCGUGGGGCAAGGGAAAAAGCCAUCAAAUACAUGGUAGAAAAUACGCCAGUCGCAGCAACAGAGCAGGAUAUAAAAAACAAGAUAAAGGCUCUUCGAUCCACAUACAGCCAAGAAGUGGGGAAAAUUCGAGCGUCAAAGAAAUCUGUAGCUGGUUUGGAGGAUGUUUAUAAGCCGCAACUUGUGUGGUUUUCCAAGGCAGAUUCGUUUCUUCGUCAAGUUGUGACAUUGCGGACAACCUCUUCAAGUAUGGCUACAAAUACUCAAACAGCAGAUGAGAUGACACAAGACUCGGAUGAAGAAGGCCUGGGAAGACAACACAAUAUAAGCGAUGUUGCAACAUCUAUCACAAAUUCCAACAGAUCCGGUGGGCCGUCACGACCACAAGGGAGGGGACAAAAACGAAAGACGCCGUCAAGUGUGACAGCCGUGUCAACAGCUCUCCAAGAUUUACGAAAAAUAACCGAUGACAUAAACAAAGAAGAGGACGAAUUUGAUUGUUUUGGCAAGUUAGUUGCCUGUAAUCUAAAAAAAUUGCCAUUACAGUCAGCUCUGAACUGCCAGCUGGAACUGCAACAUGUUCUAAUGAAACACCGCAUGCUUGCUGCAACUGAGAGGCAAACUACUAUGCCUAACACAUCAUCUCUCGUCCAACAGCAAGUUCUCCCCAUUCAAGUAGCGAUUAUACUGACAUUUUGCAGCAAGCUGUAGCAAGCAUUUCAGAUGAAUCCGACAUGUCUUUUACAACAGAAAAAACAUAUACAAAUCUGUAGCAUAUUGCACCUUCAGUGUAAUUAUUAGUUUAUUGUAUGUUAUUAUUGUUUCAUCUUUGUAUACAAGUUAUUCAUGGGUAUUUCUUUUUAACUUUUUAACUUUAUGCUAUAAUGUACGUUUAUGAGUUACUACGGUUUGUAACUAAUAAAAUGUUGCCAAUUGAUGUGUUCAUUGUGUGUAAAACUAAUUACAUGAUGUUUCUUACCUGUAUGUAGUCUUUCAGUGCUGUGAAAACAGCGUCCAGAACUUCUGGAAGAAACAGAUAUAUAGAACAUUUGGGCACUCUGUACAAAUACUGCAACGAUGCCAAACUGUCUCCAGUUGCUAAAUAUCGUAAUGUAAUUUGCAGUUUCGUUCUUGCAGGAAGCGCUGGUCUCAUCAAAGUGUCUUCUUUUUGAAUAGCAUGUUUGACUUGCCCCAGUAGCCAUUCGAAAUUGUUUUCAGUCAUCCUCAAAUGGUUCGUUUACAUGUUGGGGUCCUCGUCAGCAAGUUCACGUAGAAGUGCCUCCGAUGCCCCUAAACUGUUGCGCCUACGAAUCCACUCUUUAACCCACAAUCUGCGCCUCUUAUUUUUCUGGUUAUGUAUUAUUACCUCUAAUUCUUCAAUCAGUAUAUUCGCAAUACAACUUACACCGCAGCGAAGAGCACUUUUAACACGACAUGGCGCCAUAUUGUUCUGCUACUACAACUGGAAACGUGUAGACGUGCACUGGAAUCACUAGCUGGGACAGCUCACUGGCCUGUGUUCUGGAUCCAGCUACUGUCGCCAGCUACUGGCCUAGUGUAAAUGAGCCUUUACUCUUAGCUUUCAGCAACGGCAAUAUUCUUCCCAAGCCCACAUGUUCAUAUCUGAUCCCGCGCACAUUUUUUUUUUUCCAUCUUUGUCUAUUACUUCUAUUCUCUCCUUUUUAUCUUAAGAACAAAGCCGGACAAGCUUACUAAUAAUACUGAAAACCUGUACACGCCACUAUUCAAAACGUUUACACAAAGAGGACAGCAAAAUAAAAUAAAUAGUACAUCUGAAAAGUAAAACGUAGAGAAGCACUACAUGACUGGGAACGAAAAAAAAAGCACACACGUUUUCAACCCAAAACGUUCGUGUACUUGUACCACAGUUGUCAAUAAUACGAGAAACAAAAAUAAAACUAUCUCGGUCAUCUCGGUGUACUAAGAGCUAUAAAACUACGUAGUAAGCAUAGAAUAAUUUGGUAAAUGUACCAUGACUAUGGUGGCAAUAAAAUGCUUGCGCGCGCGCGCGCCAGCCAGUUGUUAUCAGCAACGCAAACACAGCAAAGAGUUUUUCAUGGACCCGCGACAUCAAAAAUGGCUUCAUUAAAAUGUCAAACUUCUUAUAAAUUAUAGUAUUCAGAAUUUCAGUUAAUAAUUCGCUACAUACAAUUAACAAAGACUAUGAAUAAUAUUAAGCUGUAAAAUGCUACAGCAGGAACUUAAGAUUUAAUUUUUUCCCUGACCAUUUGAAAAAUUUCCUGACUUUUCCAUGACUUUUCCCUGCUGGCAAAAUUCCCUGACUUUUCCCGGUUUUCCCGGUUGGUCGCCACCCUGCAUGCGUAUAUCCAGCAACAGAACACACAGAAACAAGCCAGUGCUAAUGACAGAGAUCGUGCAUUGGAAAGAGAGAGUCAAUGCCCAUUAAAAUGCAUACUGUAAUCUAAAGAUAAGACAUGGUAUAGCAUUUGCCUGGAGUGAUUUUGUGAACACAUGGAAAACUGAAAUCACGAAUUGCGAGUCCAGAUUCUUACCUCUGUGCCACAUAGUAAAAUUAUUCAAUACUGGGUCUGGUGUUCUGGCCAUGUAGACUGUGUAACUGUGUGUGGAGUGCGGUUGGCAGAGAGCGUAAGACAAUGGACUCACGUUCCAGAGUAAACGAGAUCAAUUCACUGUCCUGCCAUCUUGAUUUCAGUUUUCCACAGUUUCUUGAAAUCACACCAGGAAAAUUCUGGGCUGGUUUCUUACUUAAGGGUAUCAAUGGGCCAAACGAAAACUCAAAUAUCAUUUGUGUUUAAAGGAUUCAAUAUUCAAAGAAAAAGAUUAGAGAAAAUAAAGUAAAUUAAAAAAUUCAACACUGAUAACGUCUGAAGUUUAAAAGGUAAAUAGUUUUCUUCACACCUAGCUUGUUAACAUUCCCAGAGAUAUUGUAAUUUAAACAUGUGUUUGAAUAAAAAAUUACAAUAUUUAUUGGUACUGGAAACUUAGUUUGUGAACCAAUCAUUUAAAGGGUAAAAUGUUUCAACACAAUAGUUUAUCAUUUUUUUAUUUACUGUACAUGAUUUUAUUUUUGACACCUAGAUUCGGACUCAGGAUUCGAAUUUAACCCAUCACUGCUUUUAACUAGAUGUUAAUUCCAAAUUUUAAAUUAAAAAAACUAUGUAUACUUCCUACUAACAUAUACAUAUCUGUUUCAGGAAGAACCAACUUUGAUGGACUUUCUUCGAUCUGCCUGUGAUCAAGAGAAAUCAUGCAUAAAUAAUUUUUUUUACACUUAAAAAAAUAUCUUUUACUUUAAUAUACUCCUAAUCAAAAGUUUUAUAUUAUCUAAAUAUUUCCAUUUAUAUGAACUUUUUAUUCAUUGAGUGCCAUUUUGAAGACUGUUUUUAACACUGCCAUAUUUAGGGGACUCAUUAUCUUGAAUCUAUCACAUAGUUGUAUUUUGUACACACGAGUGAGAAUUCACCAAUGCAGAAAAAAUAAAUUUUAAAAUAUUUUAAUCAGCCUUUA